GCAGCCGUGCAGGCAAAGCGGCGAUGACGCAGGCGCGGUGGAGUGCGGACGGAAAAAGGGGGCGUGGCCUCAGAGGCUGUCUGUCUCUCUCGCUCUCUGUGAGUGAGAAGGAGAGUGUGUGUCGGUUUCGGGCACCGUCGCCAUUUAGCGCGGCGAGUUUCCCGGGACUGGGAGAGGGGGUAGCGAGAGGCCCAUCCCCCCACUCCCCUCAGGAGCGGGAAGGAAAGAAGGACGGGAAGAAGCUGAGGCGGCCAAGACAAGCUCGGCUUCUCUUUUAUAUUAGUAUAAAAUUUUGCCCCCUUCCCGCCCCGCCUCUCAGGCCAGUCACUCUCGCAGCGUGGGGCGGGAGGUGGCCUCCUCCUCCUCCUCCUCCUCUGGGUGAGAACGAACGAGAGAAGGAGGGGCGGCGGCAGUCCCGGCAUCGUGUGAGGGGACAAGGGAAGGAAGGAAGGGGGUUCGGCGACAGCAGCGGCAACGGGAGGAGGCGGCUACAGCGGCGAGGACGCGCCGGGUCCCCGAGCGAGUGGCUGACUCUUGACUGACUUGGCUGAGGUAAGGAGCGGCAGCCGGCCGAGGAAGAGCGCGCGCGGCCCCCACAGGGAAGGGCCUUUCCGCGCCUCGCACUCCAUCCCGUCGGCCCGGGGCCUGCCGUUGGAUCCUGCUCGGCCUCUCUUAUUCCUCCUUCCCCACCCACCUACCUACUAGAUCCCAUCUUAUCUUCGUUGCUGCUCCAUGUCGGCCCCGCUGCUCGGCUCCCCGCUGCAGCAGGAUGGAUGCGGACACUGACCGGGGAGCCACCCCCUCGCCGCCGCCGGCCCAGCCCGCUCUAUUUCUACAGCAGCAGCCGUCUCCGCUGCUGUCUUUCCUCCUCGCGGUGAGGAGCCUCCGAGAGCCUCCUCUGCAGCAAGAGCCGCCGCCGCCACAGCAGCAGCAGCAGCUCCUCCUCGGCGCGUUCCCUGCCGCGUAUUGAUCCUCCUCGAGUCAGCUGCUGCAGCGGCAACUGCUGGUGUUGCUGCUUCUGCCGCCUUCGCUGCUGCGCCUUCGCCCCGUUGCCCUUUUCCUCUUCCGCACCAUGUCGGGGGGCGCUUCGGAGACUCCCCGCUUCUUGGCUCCCCCGCCGCCCCCGCCCAAGAACGGCUCCAGCUCGGACAGCUCCGUUGGCGAGAAGCUGGGGGCCGCCGCCGCUACUGCUGCCGGCGCCGGGGACCCUGAAGGCUCGGAAGGUGGCGGGGCCCGUAACGAGGAGUAUCGCCGACGCCGCCACACCAUGGACAAGGACAGCCGUGGCGCGGCCGCCACCGAGCACCGCUUUUUUCGCCGGAGUGUCAUUUGUGACUCCAAUGCGACCGCUCUGGAGCUUCCGCGGCUGCAGCCCGCAGCGCCUCCCCCUGCUGCAACCGCUCGAGAGAACAUCCCGCCAGUGCUGGGCUCGCCUCCUGAGUCUGUCAUCCAGGCAGCAUGUGCCUCUGUCACGGCUAGCGAGGCUCCCACGCUGCUCUUGCAGCAGCCACCCCCUCUGCUUCCACCCGCAGAGGGGCAGCCUGGUCAAGAGGCCCUGGUAGCAAAGGAUGUUGCCCGUCUGCUGGCCAAGGAGGAUGGACUAGAGGCCACCCCACUGCCCCCUACCAGUACAGCAGGAAUCACAGCCGUUUCUGCCAGGGAUCUGCAAGAAGAGAGGAGUAAACAGCAGGAAGAUAUUGAGGAGCUGGAGACCAAAGCUGUAGCCGUCUCCCCAGAUGGCCGUUUUCUUAAGUUUGACAUCGAGAUUGGCAGAGGUUCCUUCAAGACUGUCUACAAGGGGCUGGACACUGAGACCACAGUGGAGGUUGCUUGGUGUGAGCUUCAGGAUCGGAAGCUGUCCAAAUCAGAACGGCAGCGAUUUAAGGAGGAGGCAGAAAUGUUGAAAGGGCUUCAACAUCCUAACAUUGUUAGGUUCUAUGAUUCCUGGGAGUCUACUGUGAAGGGAAAGAAGUGUAUUGUCCUGGUUACAGAGCUUAUGACAUCUGGCACACUGAAAACGUACUUAAAAAGAUUUAAAGUGAUGAAAAUUAAAGUACUGCGAAGCUGGUGCCGGCAGAUACUGAAGGGUUUGCAGUUCUUACACACGCGUACUCCUCCCAUUAUCCACCGUGACUUGAAAUGCGACAACAUUUUUAUCACUGGCCCCACAGGAUCAGUCAAGAUAGGAGAUUUGGGUCUAGCAACCUUGAAGCGAGCUUCCUUUGCCAAGAGUGUGAUAGGUACCCCAGAGUUCAUGGCACCCGAGAUGUAUGAGGAGAAAUACGAUGAAUCCGUUGAUGUAUAUGCUUUUGGGAUGUGUAUGCUUGAGAUGGCUACGUCUGAAUAUCCUUAUUCUGAGUGUCAAAAUGCUGCGCAGAUCUACCGUCGAGUGACUAGCGGAGUCAAGCCAGCCAGUUUUGAUAAAGUUGCAAUUCCUGAAGUUAAAGAAAUCAUUGAGGGAUGCAUCCGUCAAAACAAAGAUGAAAGGUAUGCUAUCAAGGACCUUCUGAAUCAUGCAUUCUUCCAGGAAGAGACUGGUGUGCGGGUAGAACUAGCAGAGGAAGAUGAUGGAGAGAAAAUUGCCAUUAAACUCUGGUUACGAAUUGAAGACAUUAAAAAACUUAAAGGCAAAUACAAGGACAAUGAAGCGAUAGAAUUUUCUUUUGACUUGGAGAGAGAUGUCCCAGAAGAUGUAGCACAGGAAAUGGUUGAGUCUGGGUAUGUCUGUGAAGGGGAUCACAAGACAAUGGCCAAAGCUAUAAAGGACAGAGUGUCCUUGAUUAAGCGAAAGAGGGAGCAGCGACAGUUGGUGAGAGAAGAGCAGGAGAAAAGAAAGCAAGAAGUUGGUCAGAAGCAGCAGACAGAGCAGCAGUUACAAACAGGCACUACUCAGCAAGGAACAAAACAUGCUGCUCCUGUCACAGGUGUCACUGCUAUCCCCACUACUUCAGCUUCAGUUUCUACGCAAGUAGAGCCUGAAGAACCAGAAGCUGAUCAACAUCAACAGCUGCAAUAUCACCCCAGUAUUUCUGUUUUGUCUGAUGGCACAAUUGACAGUGGACAAGGAUCAUCUCUCCUGACUGAAUCAUGUGUGAGUAGCCAGCAGACUGCUUCCUACGGUUCCCAGCACGAACAGCCUAUCUCAACAGUUCCAGCCCCAGGAUAUACAGUUCCUAUUGGCCAGCCACAAUCGCAACAGCCUGGAGGCUAUCAGACACCUGGACUGCCUCAGCGUGGCUGUAGCAUGUUGGUUUGUACUUCCCCUCUUUCUUUCCCCCCUCUGUCCCAAAUUCCUCCCAGUGCUCCUUCCACUCCACCAUCAGUGUUGUGUGCACCUCUUUCUCCUCCUUACCUUCGGACUGCCCCUGAGGAAACCUUUGGUGAAAAGCUUUCCAAAGCCCUGGAGAAUGUCCUGCCCAUGCACACCGCCUCUCCGCGCAGCUACCGGCGUUCCAGCCUGCCUUCCCUCUUUGUCAACCCUCCUCCAUCCAUGGUGCAUCCGUGUGGGGGAACCCCAACGUUCCCAGAUUCCCAAGUAUUUUUUCCAACCGUUCAUGAACGGCCAGUGUCUUUCUCGCCACCACCCAUCUGCCCUUCGAGGGUGGCCAUUUCUCAGCGGCGCAAGAGCACUUCCAUCCUUGAAGCCCAAACCUGCCAGCCCUUGCUCAAGACUGGCCACAGUUUACUUUUCCCUGGCGGUAGUCCAACAACUUGGACACCAGAUGUGCUGGGAACAAUGAGCACCACAGCUCAUAAAUCCACAGGAGAGCAUAUGCAGGCUAAUCCUGUUUUUGAGUCGGCUCAAGUGUUGGGUGAUUACAGACCUGGACAAGCACCUUCAAAGGAUGCUACAAACAUGUUGACUCAAGAAGCAGUGUAUUUAAUGGGCAUGCACUGCCAGUCCCAGUUGCCAGAACGUUAUGAUACAGUGUCCCGUAAUUCUCAGGGGACCGAGCACCAGUUGCAGCAGGCUUCUGAACAGAAAAAUUUGCAUGGUGGCCCUCCUCAGAAUUCUCCUUUUGAGUAUCAAACUGGGCAGACUUUUCUGACAAGACAAAUUCAGAACUUGAGGCUGGAUUCUGGAAUGAAUCCACUAUCACCGCUAUCUAGCAUGUCAGCCCCACUGAGUGCAGAUCCCGCACAGAUGAAUUUUCACUCAGUAUUUGUUCCACAUUCUGCACCUGCCAUACUCACUCACAGCGGGGAUGGCCGAACAAGUUGUGUGUUGGAGUUCCAUGUUCAAGCACCCAAUGUGACUGCAGGAGAAGGUACCGUCCUAUCCCAGCGUGUUUAUAGAAAUCAUCGAGGCUCCACAGAUUUUAAUCAGGAGGAGUCCCCUCCAACAACUGCACAGUCUGGUCGCCUUCAGCCUGUAACAGAGGAGCAGUGUAACUGCCUAGGUCCUGAAUUCCUGGUGCCUAGAGGCAGUUCUGUUCUACAGAGCUGGGCAGAAGGUAGCCCAGGAUACUCCAGUGAUUCAUCACAGUUGACUUCCUCAGACACUGGUGACUUUCUGUCUCCCCCCCCCAGUGGGGCAACUGCAUCGUAUAGUUCAAGCUUGUCUGUGCCUGCUGCCCAACUGGCUCAGAAGACAUUUCAAGAUUCGCAGAUCAUCUUCCACUUCCCACAGGGAACUUCUCAACAGGCUUUCUCGGCACUGGCUGCAUCAGGACCGUCUACACUUUAUCCUCAGACACAGAUGCAAGGACAGCCAUCCUCAAGCGGUUCAUCGGUGAGCACAUCGUCCCAGCUAAUGCAGCAAGGUCAACAGAGUACGCAGCAGCCAGCCUCUUCCCAGCAGACUGGGCAAUACCAAGUACAGCAGUCCUCAGUUUCCACUGGAGCUGCUCCAUCGCAGCCAGUUAUACAACAAGCACAAAUAAUGCCUAUGCCUCAGGCACCAGCUGGUACACAGCUUCCUGUUUCCCAACCAGUGUCGAUCAUCCAAGGUGAAACGCAGUUACCUAUGGCAGCGCCUUCCCUUCCUCAGCCUUCAGUUGCCCCAGUCAUGCCCAUUGGCUCUCAUUUUCUCCCUGUGGGACAGGCUCCUCUUCAUCCACAGUUCUCAGUCUCUCAGAUGCCUGUAGCAGCACCUCAUGUAUCGUUGGCUCAGCCUGGUUUCCCAUCUCUACCCAUCUCUAUGGCAGCUGUCAUUAACCAGCCAUUGCUCACUUUGGCUACAUCUGCAGCUGCAGCGGCUAUUCCUGUGGGUUCAACUGUUGUCCCUAGCCAGCUUCCACCUCUCCUGCAGCCUGUGGCUCAGCUGUCCAGCCAGGUUCUCCCACAGCAUCUGCAGCCAGCUGUUCAGUCCAUGGGAUUGCCAGCAACUCUGGGACAAACUGCUGAAGUACCACUUCCAGCUACAGAUGCUCUGUACCAGGGCUUCCCACCUCGGCUACCAGCGCAAUAUACUGGAGACUCAAACAUUUCUUCCUCUUCUGUGGCCUCUGCUUGCCUCCCUUCUGCAGUACUAUCCCCUCCCUUACCCACAGAUGCAUUGGCUCAGCCAGGCUAUCUUGCUGCAAUGGUGCAGCCUUAUGUGGAGCAAAAUGUUUUAGUUUCUUUGGGCGGUCUAAGUGGACAGGUUCAAGUGCCACAGCCUGCUUCCUGUUUAGCACAGCAGGCCUCAUCUGCUUCCUCGCAGCAGACAGCAUUAGAGAGUACUUCUGGAGUCACUCAGACGGCACCUUCAGAGACUCAAGCACCAGUGCAGCAGCAGCAGCAGCCUUCACAAUCAACCACGUUGGUUUCCACAAUAGAUAGUGCACAUUCAGAUAUUGCUUCAGGCUUGAGUGACUGCAAUGAGAGUUUUCCAGCAUCUAGUGGUAGACAUGAAGGGAGGACUACAAAACGUCAUUAUCGGAAGUCAGUGCGCAGCCGCUCUCGGCAUGAGAAGACUACACGUCCAAAACUGAGAAUUCUUAAUGUUUCAAAUAAAGGAGAUCGGGUUGUGGAAUGCCAGUUAGAGACGCACAAUAGAAAAAUGGUUACUUUCAAAUUUGAUUUGGAUGGUGACAAUCCAGAGGAAAUAGCCUCUAUCAUGGUUCAAAACGAAUUCAUAUUGGCAAUGGAGAGAGAUUCAUUUGUUGAACAGGUGCGUGACAUCAUAGAAAAGGCAGAUGAGAUGCUCAGCGAGGAUGCCAGUGGGGAACCAGAAGGUGAUCAAAGCAUGGACAGUAUACAUAAUCAGAAAUUGGAUGGAGACUUCAAACAGCCAGAUCCCGUGUCUUCCAUGCCACAAAGAAUAGGUGUUCCUCCUAAUUCAUUGACUCAGGUUGUCCAUUCUGCUGGAAGACGGUUUAUUGUCAGCCCUGUACCAGAAAGUAGGUUACGAGAACAGAAAUUUUUCACUUCCAUCCCGUCAGAAAGUGAGCUGCUUGAUAUAGUUGCUGCUUCCCCAUCUCAUGGCCCUGGAAUGAAUCUGUCUCACUCUGCAUCUUCUCUUAGUCUGCAGCAAGCUUUCUCAGAGCUGAAACAUGCUCAAAUGAUGGAAGGACCAAACACAGCUCCCCCAGUUUUUAACCAGGCUGUGCCACCUUUUCCAUCUCUAACUUCAAGUAUGAAUGGGGGGCUGCCAUCAACAUCAGUGGCGGCUCCUUCAGUCUCGCUUCCUUCCACCGCUGGUGGUUCUUUACCUGCAACUCAGCCAAUAGAAAAAGUGACUGCAGGGCUUCCGUCAGGUGAAAAAUUGUCAGGCUCCAGCUCUCCACCACCAGUGUUGCAGUCACAGUUAAUUAGUGGAGUGCCUUCCAGCAUAAGUGCACCUUCUUCUUUGUCAGCAACUACAUCCCAGGUAGCUUCUUCCAUUGGUGAAACUGAUCCUAGUGUUAGCACCUCUGCUUCUUUAACAUUGCCACAAACUGGAGCAACAAGGCCUAGCAUUACAAUAUCAAAACUUAUGGCACCAUCUGUAACAUCUCAGCAGGUUAGUGCUGGAAGCACUGUUCCAGCAGUAUCACAAGCAACUGUCCCGGUUUCUUUGGCACAAAGUGUGAUUUCGCAGUCAUCUCAGAUGAACACCAGCAGUUCUGUACCGAGCCUAGCUGAAAUGGUGGUUGUGAGUGUGCUGCAGCCAAGAUCAGAAACUGAACAGUCAACAGAAAACCUGCAGCUAGGCAGUGGAGGUGGAAUGUCCUUGCCUGUUUCUGUACCUGUAUCUUCUGCAGUAGCAUCAAGUAUGCCUAGCUCUAUUUCGCAACCAGCCGACAUACAGCCGCUACCUAUCCCACCCAUAGUUACCUCAUCUAGCUUAGCUCCAGUAACAGGUGCUGUCUCUACCCCGGUAUUACCCCAGGCUCCUUUACCAGGCAUCCUGCCACUGGCACAGCCGGCAGCUAAUGUGCCCGCAGUCCAGCAGACUUUAAUACAUAGUCAGCCUCAACCAGCUCUGUUACCCAAUCAACCUCAUACUCACUGUCUGGAAGGGGACAUUGACAGUCAACCCAAAGCACCUGGUAUAGAUGACAUAAAAACUCUGGAAGAAAAGCUGCGGUACCUCUUCAGUGAGCAUGGUGGUGUUGGAGCAGCUCACCCAUCGGUAUCUCUGGAGACAUCACUAGUAAUGGAGACCACAGUCGUGCCUGGCUUACCAACCACUGCUGUUGCACCCACGAAACCUGUGGCACCUGCUGCAAGUACCAGUAUACCACCAGCCAGUUUGAAUCUUGGUCCAACAGGUUUACCUGUCAUGACACCAGUUGUCACACCUGGGCAAGCAGGCACUCCAGUCACCUGUGUCCCAGCAACAUGCUGUACUGCGUCAGCAACAGCUAAACCAGGGAUGCCUCCUUCAAAGCCACCUCUUAGCAGAGUACCGGCACUACCAGUAGGUUCUGAACUUCCAGCUGGCACUCCAUCCAGUGAGCAGCUGCCACCCUUUCCGGGACCUACACUAACUCAGUCCCAGCAACCUCUGGAAGAUCUAGAUGCUCAGUUGAGAAGAGCCCUGAGUCCAGAGACAGUUCCAACAACAUCAGCUCCUUCCUGUUCUCUGCCAUCAAUGGUUUCUACAACGGUUACUGGAACAGUGUCUGCACCAGAACAGCCUAUAAAUACUGAAUCUCAGGAUGCAGGCAGUUGUGCCACAGCUACCACCUCAGGAGUUGCAGUUCUUAAGAUGGGCCGUUUUCAGGUGUCGGUAGCAGUGGACGAUCAGAAAGAGAGUGGAAGCAAGCCCAAGCACUUUGACACAACCAGCUCAGAUUCCUCAUCUUUGUCUAGCAGUAGCCCAGAGAGUACUCUGGUGAAGCCAACCUCCAGUGGGAUAGCUGAAGCCAUUGCUGUAGUGGAUGGAGUUUUUUCACACACUUCCACCAGGCAGUUGCAGCCAACCAGGGUUGGGCGUUUCCAGGUGACAACAACAGCAACAGAUCAAGUGGGUCGUUUUUCUGUUUCUAGAACUCAAGAUGAGGUGACCUGUGUGGAAAGAGAGGCCCCUGCAAUAGCCCCUCUGUCUGUAGACGCUGAGCAAGUCUCUUCUCCAGUCACAACUCCGAAAUCAGAGUUUGCAGAGAGAAGGCAUUCUCUGCAUCUGAAUGGGCCAUCGUCUGAGCUGGAAGCUGCCUUCCUGAGUGGUGCAGCUCAGGAGCUAGAUGAUGGCUCAGGGAGUCCAGACUCUCUCCAUCCGCCUGGGUCAAAGAUCAGUCUUCCAGUCCAGAGCCUUAGCAACUCGUUCAACUCUUCCUACAUGAGCAGUGAUAAUGAGUCGGAUAUAGAAGAUGAAGACUUGAAAUGUGAGCUGCGUCAAUUGCGGGAGAAGCACCUUAAAGAGAUCCAAGAGCUUCAAAGUCGCCAAAAGGUGGAGAUUGAACUGCUUUACAAAAAAUUGGGCAAGGUACCUCCAGCGGUAAUCAUCCCUCCUGCUGCUCCUCUGUCAGGCAGGCGAAGAAGACCUACUAAAGGGAAAGGCAGCAGAUCCAGCCGCAGUAGCUCCCAGGGUAACAAGAGCCCUCAAAUUUUGGGCAAUCUGUCUGCUCAGAGUGCACCUUCGGUCUUGCCCCAACAACAGACCCUUCAUCCUCCUGGCACUGUCCAAGAGGCAGGACAAAACCAUCUGUUACAGCCUUUGAAACCAUCUCCAUCUAGUGAGAACCUCUACUCUGCCUUUACUAGUGAUGGUGCCAUUUCCAUACCAAGCCUUGCUGCGCCGGGCCAAGGGACCAGCAGUACAAACACUGUUGGGGGUACAGUGAACAGUCAGGCACCUCAGUCUCAGCCUCCUGCCUCUAGUCGAAAAGGGACCUUUACUGACGACCUGCACAAGCUAGUAGACAACUGGGCUCGUGAUGCCAUGAAUCUCUCUGGCAAGAAAGGAGGCAAGGGGCAUGGUAAUUAUGAGGGCCCAGGAAUGGCAAGGAAGUUCUCUGCACCAGGUCAGCUCUGCAUCUCGAUGACGUCCUCCCUUGGUGCUACACCCAUCUCUGCUGCUUCAGCUACCUCCCUAGGUCACUUCACAAAGGCCAUGUGCCCCCCUCAGCCGUACGGUUACCCAGCAGUGCCCUUUGUAGCUCCCUGGAGCGGAACAGGUGGUCCAGCACAGCAGCCUUUAGGCCAAUUCCAGCCUGUAGGUGCUGCCUCAUUGCAAAGCUUCAACAUUAGCAACUUGCAGAAAUCUAUCAGCAACCCCCCUGGCUCUAAUUUGCGGACCACUUAAAGAGACCCAGACAUGCUGCUGGGUAGACCUUGGGGUGGGGUGGGGAGAUGGGACCCAGAAUCAACUACUAGGCUGCAAUGAACUGGCUAUUAGUGCUCAAAGGGGGAUGAAUUUUUCUCUCACCAUUGCUCUCUGCUCUCCGUAAGAAAAGCCCUCCAUUCCGAAGAUGGGGAGAAGGGUGAUCAGGAUCUUCCAUGACGGGACAUGCUUCCUCUCGUUCUUGUCUGUGGCAAGUGUGUAACGAUGAAAGUCAUCACACAGGCCAGUGGCCUCUUGCUGUAAAAUUCACUUGGCUUAAGAUGCUGAAUCUACAGGGGUUGAGAUGGGAGAAUUGUAGUUAGUACUAGCAUGAAUCUUUAGUAUGCCAUUUGUCUUGCUCUGAGGAAUUAAGCCUGGGGGAAUAGCUGUCCAUUUUUCCAUCUUGCCUCUUCCUUCUAGCCAUCACACCAAAGUUCCUCAGCUGAUGGGGGCAUACAGGUGGACUUUCAGAACAGCCCAUGCUUUGAGAUAGGUCACUAUUACUUUAAGUAAAAGAUAUUAACAGCUUUGACUGCAGCAUUAGAGCAAUUUAAAUUGUUUAGAAGACAAAUUUUUAAAAGUUCCCUGCGGACAUGUACUUACCAUCAGUUUUGAUGUGGAAACACUGUGAUAUAUAAAUGUUGUUGGACAACAGUAGUUUAAAAAAAUGAGUGGAGUAUAGAGGAUUAAACAGUUAAAAGGAAAAAAAAUGGGGAAAAAGCUAGCUAUAUCCUGAUACUUAUUGGAGACACUUUAACUUUUUUCCUUUGUAUUUUCAUUGUAUUAGAUAAAUGUGAAUGUAUAAUUGUAUAAAUUAAUGUACUUGAAUACUUGUCUGUUCUCCCAGUAUGCUUGCUGGAUAUUUUAGUGCCUUGGACUUUUAUUGCUUCUGCAGUUAGCAUCACCUUCCCAGCAGACUUUAGACAGGCAGAGGAGAGAUAGGGAAGAAGGGGGUCAUUUGGACGUAGUCGCUGGAAUUCCAAAGGUGUAACACAUUGGAUGUUUAUGCUGUAAUAGUGUCUAGAGUAGGUGUUGGAGGGGGGAGCUAUUGCAGUUUUAUGUUGAAAGUGUAAAGCUAUGAAGUGGUGGGAGAAAACGGUUGUUGUUUAUACAGUAGCAAUGAGGGAUUUUUGUGGGGGUGUUGAAGUGAAUGAAUAUAGUGACCAGUAUAAAAGCUUGGUUGAUGAGAACAAGGGACAUAGGGAGAAAGAGGGGCAUCUUUGAAAGAGUCAGCUCCUGCGGGUGGAUUGGCUUUUAAGCAACAAAGGUUUGUUGUAAGGGCAGUGUAUGUUAAGAGGUUGGAGCUAUCACUCUGGGGAGGGAGUGUGUCUGCUGGGAUUUGCUCCCCCCCCCCAAUCAAUCCAGAAAGGCCAGGAGUAGAUCUUCCUGGUGCAACAUCCAUUGCCAAGGAUGGAUACACUUGAAACAGCCAGCAUCAAAAAUAACUUUUUCUUUCUAAAGGACUUAAAUCUGGUACCAGGACUGUAACUAACUGUGUUGCCUUUUAGUAGGUGUACUAUAUCUCCUACUCGCCUUCUUCUUUCUAACUUAAAAUACUGGUUCCCUUAUCAAACAAAAUACUGCAACCAACUAGUAUUACUUUGUAUUGCUGCAGUAGGCUGUGAAGAGUCAAAGUACUUUUGCUUUGUACUUGGAAGCAGCUUUACUGCUGGUCUGGAAGUCUGUAUACUAAGGAGAGGUGUCCCCCCCCCCCCCGGAAGUUCCUCUAAGGUUAGCAGGACAGUUGUUCUUUCUGUACUUGUUUCACUCUUUUCUCAAACAUGUACACAGAUCUUUCCUUUCUUCCUUUCACCUCAAGUUGAAGUUUACAGUGGCUUUGUCAGGAAGUAAGAUAGGAGUUGGACAUGGUGGCUAAAAAACAAAAGAAGUUUGGGGGCUGGGUUUCAACAACUUUUCAAUAAUUUUUUUAAAAAAGAUGCUCACAGUUGUGAUGGGAAACGAGUUGAGUUUGAUGUGCAGAAAGUGUGAAGGAGCAAUGACGAGGUGAUGCCACCUGAUAUGGGAGGAGCUAGUCAGCUGAGUUGCACAAGGGUAGUAUUUUGGCUUAAUGUGUUUGAGGUCAGGUUUUCACUUAGUUAUGCAAGUACUGGUUUUAUUUACCAUUGAUUUCCCUCCUGUGGAUGAAAUAACUGAGGUCUAGAGGAAUUAACUAAUGCUACUGAACUGUUAAAUUAUUUUGUGUUAAUAUUACACUUUGAAUACCUUUUUCCACAAGAUCUGUUUCUGAAUUACAGAUGUUUUCUUUACAUUAUUUAACAAUGUAUACUGUAAAAAAAAUAAAAAUAAAAUGAAUUCAAACCUUGGGCUUCCCUGGCCGUAGUUAAUAGUAUGUUUUGCACUAAAUCCAGGCAUUGCGCUUCCUGUAUGAUUGCGCUUUGUGCUGCAGUUUGUUACCUUCUUUGUAGAUAUUUAAUGAAAUCAUUCAAAUAAACCAAACCUGCUUUUGUUGA